AUGAGUUCCUCGAUCCAGAUCGUUGAUGAGAAGCAAGUGGAAGUUUUGUCUCUUGCAGAUCAGUUGUGGGUUUCUGUGUUUUUGAAGGAUGAAAAGAAGAUGGAACAAGUGGGCAAUGAGCUGAGUUUCGGGAACCAUGGCGGCUGCUGUGCAAUAUGUUUGGAUACAAUACCUCUUCAAGAAACAGCUAUGGUCAAAGGCUGUGAACAUGCUUACUGUGUGACGUGCAUCCUCCGUUGGGCAAGUUACAAAGAGAAGCAUACCUGUCCACAGUGUAAGCAUCCAUUUGAUUCUCUCAAUGUACACCGCGCGCUUGACGGAAGCAUUGAAGAUUUUAUGUUUGAGGAGAGCGUAUGCCUGCUCCUGAGAGCAUCGUGGUUUCAGCCACUAGAAGCAGUGGAGCGGGUUUCAUCCAAUGACAAUGACAAUGACAACUUUGAUUUCGACAUUCCACCAGAGUACGAGGAUGAAGACGAAGAUGACCUUGACGAGUUUUAUAUGCACGGUUCAAGUCUUCGUCUAGGAAACAGGAGGUGGGGUGACAAUGGUUUUGUCAGAUCAGGCAGGCAAGAAGCAAGGCCGGCCCAACAUAAGAACCGAGUUGGCCAAGCUUCUGGCUCUGAGUCCGGCUCUUCCUCCUCACGCGAGCCAAAGGAGAAGACGAGCAGUGCUGCAACAGGAAGGCGUGCGAAGAGGGCAAUGAAGCGUGAAGCUGCAAACAAAGCUGCGGAAGUAGUAGCAGCUGCAAAGCACGAGGCUCUUUUGGUUAGGUUGGGGAGGAAGUGA